AUGCCGAAGAGGAUCCCAGGGCUUAGCACAUUCGAUGCUGUGUACGUGGAUCCGAGAAGUACUCCAACUCACCUACUCCGAACGGUAACCCGAUGUGACAUCAAGAACAUCGAGCGUACCGCGAUAUCUUGCCAGGAUGGAUGGGAACUGAAGCUUCGCUGGAGUGGGGAUGGCUGCCCAGGAUGGGAACAGUACGACACCUUUGAGGAGCGAUGGGAUCAAAUCUGCUUUAACAUGCGGUUAAGGCCGACUUCCGCAAAGCAUCAUAAGGUCACCAUUCACUCUGCUUUACGGGGAGAUUGGUUGAGCAGACUCGCAGCUGGCCCUGUUGGGGAGCGAAAGAUGAAACUGGGAAACAAGUCCGUCAAUAGCACCCGCGAUGUGCAAAAUGAGCUUGGUCGCGCGGAGCUGAAGCGUCAGAAGACCGGUGCAAGACCUCAGUCCAAGACCAAUUGA